UCAAUUUAGUUCGGACAAACAUCAUUUCAAACUUUUUCUACUUCUUCCUGGUUGAUUUGUGUUACUGACUUUAUAACUAGUUAAAAAGAAAUGUCACAAAAGAGAAAGAAUUAUUAAAGAACAGAGAGUUUCAUGAUGAACCAGCAGUUGUUGAAAGUGCAGGCAAAAUCCUCAUCAAUAUCAGCCACAACCUCACAGCCACAGCCCACCACUACAACCACCUCAUCUUCGUCACAUUCCUCUUCUUCAAAAGUCAAAUGCAAAUUGUGCUGGGACCAUGUCCCAUUCAACAAGAUGCACACACUCAACAGCUGCAAGUGCAUCUUCUGCCAUCAGUGUUUGAAGGAGUACUUGACAGUAUGCAUCCAGGAAGGAAAUGUGUACACCAUUGAAUGUCCAGAUCGAGAUUGUAAAGAACAUGGAAUCAUACUACAGGAUGAAGUUGCUAACCUUAUUGGGUCAGAUCUUUACAAGAAGUACAAGCAGUUAAGGUACCACAAAGACAUCGACUUCAAUCCAAAUCGCAGCUUCUGUCCGAUGAAGAAUUGUGACAUGGUGUGUGUGUUGGAUAAGGAGGACUUCAGCAAGCAGGAAAAAUUUACUAGUCGACCUAUCUGGUGCCCCAAGUGUGACUUUGUGUUCUGCAUCUUAUGCAAGGAAACCUGGCAUCCGGGCUGUUCGUGUGUUGAAAACAUCAAAGUUCUUCAGAAGAAAGCCAUGUUUGAUGGGAUCCGGUAUGACGACUCCGAGAAUGCGACGAUAAAGAGGUGCCCCUUCUGCUUCUUGCCCAUCGAGAGAGAUGGGGGCUGUGCUCAGAUCAAGUGCAAAAAGUGCAACCACAUCUUCUGCUGGUUCUGUCUCACGUGUCUCGAUAGUGAUGCCUUAUUCCUUCAUUACGAGAGAGGAAGUUGUAAGAACAAGUUGGGACACUCCAGGGCCUCCAUCAUCCUACACAGAUUUCAGGUGGUAGUGACCAUCUUCACGGGCAUCGGGCUUCUCAUGUUGAUGGCAUCUCCGGUCAUCCUCAUCGCAGCUCCCUGCAUCGUCUGCUGCAAGAUCAAGUCCAUCAGGCAGAAGAAGCACUCGCAGCAGCUGAACUCCAAACGCAACAACAUGGCGGACAUCAUUGCUGGCUUCAAUGAUGUGCUCAGUGAGGGCGUGCCCCACGACCUGGAUGGUGGGUCCGAGGGCGAGGUCGUUGAGAAGUUAAUCUCCAGCAAUAGUCUUAGUAAUGGUGGUGGUGAUCAUCGCGAUGUUGGUGAAAGCAAAGUUAUUGGUGAAGUAAUUAUGGGUGAUGAUCACGUUGAGAUUGAGGCUAAUGAAGUCGCCAGUGCAGCUGAUGCAGCAGCUGCAGCAGUGGUAAACGAUUCUUUCGUUGAAACUAUAACCCACGAUCCGAUAUGA